AUGGAGACCCUGAAGGCAAAGCGUCGAUCUCGUAGAGCCCAGAACACCAAAAUCAUUCGUGAGGCAAGCGCUCUUCUGGCCACACCCAACUUCACAGUUGAGGCUGUUAAGUCUUUGAAGGACAGACUCGAGAAGAGCAAUACUGAACUGGAUCGAAUCAACGUCCAGUUUGAAGAAUUUAUAUCCGGAGAUGAAGCCGCUUCAGAAUUUCUCGCCAUUGCCGAAUACGAGGAUCAAGCUGUGGGCAUGUUAUCAGCUUUGCAAGCACAUUAUGACAGGAUGUGUUCCCAAUCGAACGCUGGCCGCACCCUCGAGGAUGGGGACAGCCAGAACGCCACGAGCCGUCGUUCCGAACUCAGGCUUAAGGGACCUAAAUUGCCUGUCCUUAAGAUGGAGCCAUUUGAUGGAGACCUCAGCAAAUGGUGCACAUUCUGGGAGCAAUUUGAAGCGAUGAUUCACAACAACGUCAACCUCACUCCCUCUGAGAAGUUUCACUACUUGCGUCACUUGACUGGGUCAGCCGCGUCCGCUAUUGCAGGAUUGCCAACAACAGCUGCGUGUUACGAGGACGCUUUGCAACUUCUGAAGACACGAUUUGGACACCUUAGUCAGAUUCGUCAGACGCAUCUCCAAAAAAUGCGUCGUUUGCCCUUUGUUAAGUCCAUCGACGACGUUAAGGGACUCCGAAACCUUUACGAUCAUGUGGAAGUACAUACGAGAAGUCUCAAAACAGUUGCAGUCCAGCUGGCAUCUUACGCAUCCAUGCUGACUGAUAUGCUCGUGCAACGUCUACCUCAAGACUUAACUAUAGACUACCAUCGUCAACGGCUUAUCACCAAUUCGUCACAAGCAGCAACGGCAGCACAGCCUGCGGCUACGCCCGCGUCAGCGCCUCAGUCUGCUGAGCAAGAUUUUAAAACGCUGAUGAACUUUCUCAAGAUAGAAGUUGAAAGCCGUGACAAUUCCUUUCGUUCGGCCGAAAAUAAGUCCGAGACUACUGAAGGAACCUACAGGAAAAAGCAGUUUAACACUCCGUCAGCGUCCGCUUUGUAUUCUGCGUCUACCUCAACCCCUGAGGGAAAGAAAUGCCUCUUCUGCAAGAAAGAGCAUAAUACUCAGAUUUGCCCGCGUGAUAUCACUUGGGAGUGA